CCUCUUGAUUAGAGUACCUUGUACUUUUCUACCUUAAACUUUUUGGCCUUGUCCAAAAAUUACUCGAUAGACUUUUCCAAAUUAUGAGCAACCCCAAAGAGUUGAGUGGACCCAAUCCGUCGGCCUUCUACGUGCACUUAGAGGAUCCUCUGCAGGAUGAACCUCCCAGUGGACUGCACCGCAAGUUCCGUCCUCCACCGCCACUCCCCGUGGAGCAGCGGUUGGAGGCGGCGGAGGAGCGUCGCAGUUGGCUUGGCGAGCAAAAGGUAGAACAGCUGUCCGUCCGCCUGGCGCGAGUGGCGCUGAUCACCGAUCGCCACCACCGGCAAACCACUCAAAGUUGGCUGGAAGCCAAGGAUCGCAUCACUCGCGACAUGGACGAGCAUGUACGAAAGCGCACGGCCCAGAUCUCGAAACGUUUGAGGAACCUCAACGAUCACAAUCAGAAGGUGCAGGUAAUCAAGAAUGAGGCCAAGCAGGAAAAGCUCCUCAGGAAGCUGACCCAUCUCUACGAGGCCAAAAACGCCAGCACCAUUUCACAGUUUUGGGGCAAAAUUCCCAAGUUAAAUAAGAAAUAAAUAAAUUGGUAAACAGGGAAGAAAACUUCUAAUAAAAUAACAAAUUCCAGUAUAAAAAA